AUAUUGAGAAUAUGUCCAAAUUAGAUGAUAUUUUUGACAAAAAGAAAGAUGAAGCGCCAAUGCUUGAUUUAUCAAAAACCGUUAUUAAUACAGCCGAAGAAUAUAGAGCUGUUUUAGAUAAAGUUCCAGAUUUCAAAACUAGACCAGAAAAGGUCAAAGCUGAUGAUAUAAAAAUAAAAGACAAAUCCGAAGAUCACAAAACAAAAACACCUAAAAAGGAGAUACGCGCUUAUGAAAGGUUUGGUACGCGCGGGUAUGAAGAAAAGCAGUUUACAUUUAUGGACCCUAUACCUGUGGAAAUGAGAGGGCUCAAAUUUGAUGAACUCUGUGCUGUACCUAUAGAAUGGAAAAUGCUCACCUCAAUUAGACCUAAAUUGAAAUCGGACGAAGAAUAUUUUAAUAGAUUAAUAGAACUUGGUAAAGCUGAAUUAAAAACCAAAGCAAGAGACAAAAGAGAAAUGACCAAAAACACUAUGAUUAGAAAAACAAAGAAUCGCUCCGGCGUUACAGAAACUAGAAUCCUAACUUGUCUGGAAUGUGGAGAAGAAUUUUGCAAUGGUAAAAUGUGCGCCAUCACAAACUACGAUAUGUUCGCUCGCCUAAAAAUUGAGGUAGAAACAAAGUCAAGAUCUCAGGCAGCGCCUGCACAAUCCGGCGGCAAAUUACGUCGCCUGAAACGGCGCGUGCGAAGAAAACCGCGCAGUAAAAGCGCUGCACCUGUGACACGAAAGCCUAACGUGAAAUCGGGUGCCAAGAGCGAUUCUGAACUGUAAAAGAUCGCCGAUAAAUAGCCCUCAUCGUAUUCUUGUCCGUAAUAAUAUACAACACAUGCUUGGAAAUGGAAAUAAUUACGGAAUUGAUACCCACAAAUACAGAAAUAAAUAUAUUUAUGAAAUUAAAAUAUAUUUAAGUACGUCAUUUCGUCUGAUAGUCUCGUACAAUCUAGGCGCCGAGAAAUAAGAAUGACUCUAGGAUUAAUCAGGGGUCGCAUCAAAGUGAACAGCGUGGAUCACCGAUGACUUUCUUAUUAUAGUUAAUUUUAAAAUAUGCCUUUUUUGUUGUCAGUAACGAAAGCCGCAAGGCGCGAUUAACACUGCUCAGUGACACCUCAAUACAAGGUGGUGAUAUUUUCUGUUUCAUCGUUAAAUAAGAACCAACGGGCGCCAUCAACAUUACUCCGGACCAGAACACCAGCAAAUGGUGCAAUUUUUAUUAAAUAGCAUUUACUUCGUCGUCAAGAGACACAGUUCAAAAACUAGAUCUAAGACCAGCCCUGGAUUUAAGUGUGUGGUUCUAUUACAAAAUUUCACGUAUGUAUAUGAAUUUUUGACUCAACGGAAUAGCUUGAAAGAUUUUAAUAAAUGAGAUGAAGUGCUGUAUGGUAAAAGGUUACAAGACGAAUAUAAGACAAAUAUAAAUAUAGCGGCCGUAAAUUAUGAAAUAUAUACGUUUCGCAUCGACUUGUUAUCUACAAAUAUGUUUCAUUUUAAUUUUGGGAAUUAACGCGAGGCUGUUACAGGUAAAUUAUACCUAAUUACCUACAUACCGGAUUUUUAUUACUGCGGUUAUUUCAACAUGAAUGUCAACAUAUCGCAUUAAGUACCGAAAAUAAAUGUGAGAAAAACGCAUAAUAGAAAUAUUAUCAUAGAUAAUUUAAAUAAUUUAUCUAUGAUAAUUCCUAUUAUAGAGAAUAUAUAAACAUCUACGUUUUGUACAUAAUUUUAAGAAGAUAAAUUCAUUGCUAUUAUUACGCAGACUUGUAUCUGCAUACACAUUCCCUUCUCAAGAGUAUGCAUUUUUCUAUAUGAUUUACAUUUCUUAUACUUUUUGGCAAUAAACCGUUCGUGUUUACGAUAGUCUCACUAGUCCCUUUAAAGAUUGAGAAUGGACUGAUUAAUUAAACGAAAAGAUACUAUCUAAUUAUAAUAAAUGCACUUAUUAAAAUAUAAGUAUUGUGUGCCUUGUAUAACCAAAUAAUACCUAUUACGUAUUUUAUAAUAUGAAAGUUACGAUCUCUUAAUAAUAUCUAGG